CUCUGUCUCGCCAACACCACCCUACUCGACACCACACGAACUAUUCCGCUCCAUUUUGAAUAUAUUCUGACUAAUUCUACACGGAUUAUCCCCCACUGCCCUAAUUUUCAUGGCUUCCUCAACACUAAAGCGCAAGUCCUCCGAGACGGACGACGCGUAUCCCAACGAUGGAAUGCAAACGCCCACAGGCAGUCCGUCCAGAAAGAAGAUGCGAUUUACGCGCAAGCAAAAGCAAGCUCUUAUUGAUAACCUACAACUCGAAAUCACCGAACGAGCCCGCAAACUUCGCGCCCAGUAUGCCCUGCAAACCCAUGAUCUUCGGGCACGGAUUGAACGACGCGUGAACCGUAUUCCAGUGGCCCUGCGCAAGGCAAAAAUGGGUGAUUUAUUAGAGAAGCAUAAUGCCUCGCUCCGCGCACACCACUCCCCGAGAAAAGUGACGAGCCCAGCCAAGAGAAAUAUCACCAACACGACCGCUGGAGCAAGUGCCCGUCGGGUCAGGAAACUGAGUCCCGAAGGCCCGUACUUCGAUAAGGAAAACGCACCUACAGGAGAAUCGCUUGAUGUUCUAAACAACCCUAAGAAACGCGGCAAGCCCGCUGCUGCAGGUGGUCCUUCGCGCGUGGUCUCCCAGGAAGUCAGGGGCGCCGACUACAGAAUCUUGUCUCCGAAAUCCUUGAACUCCCGAACCUACCCCCAGUCUCCAUUCCGGGCCUCUCCCGAGAAAUCGCAACAACCCGGUUAUAUGUCAAAGCCCAUGUCACCUCUGAAACGGUCCAGCCCGCUCAGAGCCGCGGCUAGUUUGUCCGGAGCAAACGGCGCAACCGCCACGAAGGAUGGCAGACUCACCUCGCAGACAGCGCGACCAGCCAGCAAAGUCGCGCCAGGUACCAAAGGAAUUCGUUCUCCACUUCCACGACCAGCAACCCGCCAACGUGAACGAAGGAACAGCGCCUCCUCCAAUGCGUCGUCUGGGACAACGAUUGUCAAACCAACCAAAACCGGCACAGGCGCCCGUAAGGCCACAAAUACAUCGUCUACAACCACCACCGGAGCCAAGAAAACAGCAACAGCACGAAAUCAAGUGCCUUCAUCCACUACCAAGAAGACUAACACCGCUACUGCAACCGCAGGAAAGAGAGCACCCACCCCAGCCAGCGAAGCGCAGGCCGCAGGACGCAGGGCCCUGCGCAAGCGGUUAUAAGUCGGAUCAUGAGAUCUCAUUUCAUUGGCGUGUUAUUUUUUACCUUCUGGAGUUCUCCGGUGUACUUGGGAUUGGGACCGGAUCAAUGGCGUAAAGGGGGUCGACAGCAAAAUAAUCAUUUGGUUCGAGGGAGUUAUAACAACAUAUUUAUAUUGUCUGGGUUUUGUCCAUUUUUGCGCUAUCAUUCGAUUUCAUUUUGCAUUGAUACUCGUCUUGUUGUAUUCUAUUGCAGAUCGACCUUGGUUUGGGUUGGCUUUUUGCACUGCUUGAACAUCGAGAAUAUUGCAUUUCUUUCAGUCCAUCUAUUGAUUUUUCUUUGGGAUCCUUCAGAACGCCCCGUUGGUAGUUCGAUGUUGAAGCUUCAAUCAAAACCAAACCCUUUACUACGUACCCGUAACCUGUCGGGGAACCCCGUGUCCUAGUCUUACCAUGUAGUUAAAGGAUAAAGUCUUAGCAAAUUAUACAUCCCCAUUCAC